UUGUCACCCUGCAUGUCAACUGUCACCGUUUCAAGCAAUAAACUGCCAUUUGCCAUCCAAACAAUCCUGGCCGACAACAGUGAAAAAAAUGAAUUUUGCAACUCCAAAUCUGAGAUCGCUACUAAAAGCAGUGCUCCAACGCGAAGCAGUGCUGAUAAAAAUUGUUUUUCACAGCGUUAUUGCGCCAGUCUGUUAAUCCCGAAGCACUUAUGCUGCCGAAAUAUGCAACUAACUGCUGUUGAGGUGGCAUCCACACUACAUUCUAUUCCUUGCCAUUACUGCCAAAUUCCAGAUAUUAAGAAGCCUGAAAAUCGGUUGGAUUAUUCCAAGUUGCCAAGACGCAUUGGUCAUCCAUAUCAAAGCCGAGCUCCAGCAUGUCACAAGAAACCCCGAACAUCAUUUACGAAAAAGCAGGUGCAGUGCUAUUUAAAAAAUUCCUGA